AAUAUGUUCAGAUAGCUUCGUCAUGUAGAUCAUCACCACCAUUCAAAGCUUUGUCUGCAGGUGACCAAGUGAAAGAAGACCCAAAUGAGAUUUUAGACUCUGGAUUUUAGACUCGGUCCUUUAUGAUCCGGUUCUCUCUCAUCAUUUAUAGGUUGGAUGGUGUAGGUUUACCAGCUUUAAUCAUUUUGAUGAAAUAGAAGAUGAUUUUAAGUAUACGUUUUUGCUGGGUAUUUCACAGAGCAGCUAAAUCUAGUCAUCUGAGACUGGUUGAAACCUUCAACCUCUUUGCGCUUAUAUAUCAGUGGGUGAUAUUAUCUGUUCUUCUGAUUGAUUACUUUCGUAUGUGGUGAGUAUGAGACACCAAAGCCAACAGCUCUCUCCUCCUCUGUCAAUCCAGAAUUAGCAUGGAGAAGCUCUGUAACGUGUCGGCAGUGUUUCUUAGGACUUUGGUCGGCCUCCUCCUCCUCCUCUUUCACCUAAAGCAUGCAGCCUCUAGCGGUGGAAACGAUAGCUUCACCUUCAACGGAUUCGGACGCCUCAAUCUUACCUUCGAUGGGGCGGCCAACGUCACCUCCGAUGGUCUGCUGAUGCUCACCAACACGUCAACGCAGGCGAAGGGCCAUGCCUUCUACCCUACUCCGCUUCGUUUCCGGAACCGGACGAACGGUACAAUCUUCUCCUUCUCCACCACUUUUGCCUUCGGCUUCAUCUCAGCAUACACCAACCUUAGCGGGAACGGGAUGGCUUUCUUCGUUUCUGCCACCGAGGACUUCUCUGCAGCCUUAGGAAGUCAGUACUUGGGCCUCUUCAACCAAAGCAGCGACGGUAACUCGAACAAUCAUGUCCUUGCGAUUGAGAUUGACACGAUCUAUAACCCCGAUGUUCUGGAUAUUGAUGACAACCAUGUCGGGAUCGAUAUCAACAGUGUGAAAUCCAGCACAUCCCACGUUGCUGGUUAUUACGCUGACGACACUGGAUCGUUCACAGAUCUAAGCCUUAGAAGUGAAAAAGCUAUGCAAGUUUGGAUAGACUAUGACGGCCAUGAGAUGCUGCUUAACGUGACCAUGGCUCCAAUCCCAAUGGCCAAGCCGCAUAAACCUCUAUUGUCUGCCACCAUUGAUCUCUCAAGCGUGCUGUUAUCAGAUCCCAUGUAUGUUGGAUUCUCCUCCUCCACUGGUUCUUUCAUAACAUCUCAUUAUGUUCUUGGUUGGAGCUUUAGGAUGAAUGGGGUAGCUGAACCUCUCGACAGCUCUUUGCUGCCAUCGCUUCCUCUGGCAAAGUCAAAUGGCAAGUCAAAGGUUUUGGACAUCGUGCUGCCCUUGGCGUCGGCUGGACUUGCUGUGAUCAUCGCAGGAAUCAUCGUGUUCAUGGUGAGGUGGAGGAUCAAGUAUGCAGAAGUGCUCGAGGAUUGGGAGCUUGAGUAUGGGCCUCAUCGGUUCUCCUACAGAGAUCUGUUCAUCGCUACCAAGGGUUUUAAAGAUACGGAGCUGCUCGGAAUAGGCGGAUUCGGAAAGGUCUACAAGGGGGUGCUACAGACUUCUAAAUCAGAGAUUGCGGUGAAGAGAGUGUCUCACGAAUCACAACAGGGCAUGAGGGAGUUCAUAGCAGAGAUCGUCAGCAUCGGCCGCCUCCGCCACCGCAACCUUGUUCGGUUGUUGGGCUAUUGCCGACGCAAAGGGGAGCUGCUGUUGGUGUAUGAUUACAUGCCCAAUGGCAGCCUCGAUAGGUUCUUGUAUGACCAAGAGAAGCCUACUCUGGAUUGGGCGACGCGGUUCCGGAUCGUCAAAGGCGUGGCAUCAGGGCUUCUGUAUCUUCACGAAGAUUGGGAGCAAGUCGUCAUCCACAGAGACAUCAAGGCGAGCAAUGUGCUGCUGGACAAUGAAUUGAAUGGAAGGUUGGGCGACUUUGGCCUAGCAAGGUUAUAUGAUCAUGGAACCGAUCCACACACCACCCACAUCGUCGGAACCAUGGGUUAUCUUUCUCCCGAGCUUGUUCGAACAGGCAAGGCGACCACCGUCACCGACGUCUUUGCGUUCGGGGUCUUCCUCUUGGAGGUUGCUUGCGGGAGGCGGCCGGUGGACUCGGUCGCGUACGGGGAGGAACUGAUUUUGUUGGAUUGGGUGGUGGAGAAUUGGCGGAAGGGAUCGAUACUUGCGACGAGAGAUCCGAGGCUGGGAAAUGAGUACGUAAUGGAGGAGGUGGAGCUGGUUCUGAAGCUUGGAUUGCUGUGCUCGCAUCCGCUGCCAACAGGCAGGCCGAGCAUGCGGCAAGUGGUGGAGUACUUGGAGGGCGGAGCAGCACUUCCGGAACUGUCGCCGACUUACCUCGGCUUCAGUGUUCUUGCGUUGCUUCACAAUGAAGGCUUCGAUGAUUACAUCAUGUCAUAUCCUUCGACUUUGGUCUGCCUCCUCCUCCUCUUCCACCUAAAGCUUGCAGCCUCUAGCGGUGGUCAUGAUAGCUUCACCUUCAACGGAUUCGGACGCCUCAAUCUUACCUUCGAUGGGGUGGCCAACGUCACCUCCGAUGGUCUGCUGAAGCUCACCAACAUGUCAAAGCAGUCGAAGGGCCAUGCCUUCUACCCAACCCCGCUUCGUUUCCGGAACCAGACGAACGGUACAAUCUUCUCCUUCUCCACCACUUUUGUCUUCGGCUUCAUCUCAGCAUACACCAACCUUAGCGGGAACGGGAUGGCUUUCUUCGUGUCUCCCACCGAUGACUUCUCUGCAGCCUUAGGAAGUCAGUUCUUGGGCCUCUUUAACCAAAGCAGCGACGGUAACUCGAACAAUCAUGUCCUCGCGAUUGAGAUUGACACGAACUAUAACCCCGAUGUUCUGGAUAUUGAUGACAACCAUGUUGGGAUCGAUAUCAACGGCGUGAUAUCCAACGCAUCCCACGCUGCUGGUUAUUACGCUAACGACAAUGGAUCGUUCACAUAUCUAAGCCUUAGAAGUGAAAAAGCUAUGCAAGUUUGGAUAGACUAUGACGGCCAUGAGAUGCUGCUUAACGUGACCAUGGCUCCAAUCCCAAUGGCCAAGCCGCAUAAACCUCUGUUGUCCGCCACCAUUGAUCUCUCAAGCGUGUUGUUAUCAGAUCCCAUGUAUGUUGGAUUCUCCUCCUCCACUGGUUCUUUCAAAACAUCUCAUUAUGUUCUUGGUUGGAGCUUUAGGAUGAAUGGGAUAGCUGAACCUCUCGACUACUCCUUGCUGCCAUCGCUUCCUCGGGCAAAGUCAAAUGGCAAGUCAAAGGUUUUGGACAUCGUACUGCCCUUGGCGUCGGCUGGACUUGCUGUGAUCAUUGCAGGAAUCAUCGUGUUCAUGGUGAGGUGGAGGAUCAAGUAUGCAGAAGUGCUCGAGGAUUGGGAGCUUGAGUAUGGGCCUCGUCGGUUCUCCUACAGAGAUCUGUUCAUUGCUACCAAGGGUUUUAAAGAUAAGGAGCUGCUCGGAAUAGGCGGAUUCGGAAAGGUCUACAAGGGGGUGCUACAGACUUCUAAAUCAGAGAUUGCGGUGAAGAGAGUGUCUCACGAAUCAAGACAGGGCAUGAGGGAGUUCAUAGCAGAGAUCGUCAGCAUCGGCCGCCUCCGCCACCGCAACCUUGUUCAGUUGUUGGGCUAUUGCCGGCGCAAAGGGGAGCUGCUGUUGGUGUAUGAUUACAUGCCCAAUGGCAGCCUGGACAAGUUUCUGUAUGGCCAAGACAAGCCUACUCUGGAUUGGGCGACGCGGUUCCGGAUCAUCAAAGACGUGGCAUCAGGGCUUCUGUAUCUACAUGAGGGCUGGGAGCAAGUCGUCAUCCACAGAGACAUCAAGGCGAGCAAUGUGCUGCUGGACAAUGAAUUGAACGGAAGGUUGGGUGAUUUUGGCCUAGCAAGGUUAUAUGAUCAUGGAACCGAACCACACACCACCCACAUCGUCGGAACCAUGGGUUAUCUUGCUCCCGAGCUUGUUCGAACCGGAAAGGCGGCCACCAUCACCGACGUGUUUGCAUUCGGGAUCUUCCUCUUGGAGGUUACUUGUGGAAGGCGGCCGGUGGACUCGAACGCGUCCGGGGAGGAGCUGAUUUUGUUGGAUUGGGUGGUGGAGAAUUGGCGGCAGGGAUCGAUCCUUGCGACGAGGGAUCCGAGGCUAGGAGAAGAGUACGUGGUGGAGGAGAUGGAGCUGGUUCUGAAGCUUGGAUUUCUGUGCUCGCAUCCUUUGCCGGCAGGCAGGCCGAGCAUGCGGCAAGUGGUGGAGUACUUGGAGGGCGAAGCAGCACUUCCGGAACUGUCGCCGGCGUACCUCAGCUUCAGCGUUCUUGCGAUGCUUCACAAUGAGGGCUUCGAUGAUUACAUCAUGUCGUAUCCUUCGUCGGUGGCCAUUUCUGGAGCUUGGUAAUUGCAGAUGAGAAGCAUUUCAUGAUGACAGUUGUUGUCUCCAUCUCUUCUGUUCCUUUUGUUAGUCAAUACAAUUAUUGACUUUAGAUUAAUAUUAGCAUUAUAGUAGAGUGAUAUCUUAUACAUGAUAUUUGUUUAGCCGA